CAGAUUCGCAGCGCCCAGCGCGCGCCGUCACCGCCGGGAGUCUUCCGGCUUCUGGGUGGACUCGCGUCCUCUCAGGAGGCUGUGGUCGCCCUCCGUUUCGCGUGGAACCCCCUCAGCGUUGCUGCCAGGCAACUUCUUGAGCCCAACAUUCUCGCUCCGGUUCUCGCCCUUCCGAGAACCUCGGCCCCACACGCCCCCAUUUCCCUGGAUGCGCCGCCCCCUCCCACCCCUCAAAAAUGUCCAAUAAUCUCCGGAGGGUCGUGCUCAAACCCGCUGAGGAGAAUUCAGGCAACGCCUCACAUUGUGUUUCAGGCUGCAUGUACCAAGUAGUUCAGACGAUUGGCUUGGAUGGAAAAAAUCUUCUGCAGUUACUUCCAAUUCCUAAUUCUUCUGGAAAUUCUAUACCGCUAGUUCAAUCUUCAGUCAUGUCUGAUGGUUUAAAGGGGAACACAGGAAAACCAGUUCAAGUUACUUUUCAGACUCAGAUUUCCAGCUCUUCCAAAAGUGCAUCAGUUCAAUUGCCCAUUUUUCAGCCAGCCAGUUCUUCAAACUAUUUUCUUACAAGAAAAGUAGAUACACCAGAAAAAGGUAGAGUUACUACUGUGAGAACUGAAAGUUUUACUUCAUCAGCUUCUAAAGUUAAGAGACAUGGUAUAAAAAUGGAUGGACUUACCAUGCAAACAUUUGCUGUUCCUCCGUCCUCAACACAAAGUGAUUCAUCUUAUAUUGUAGUCAAUACCCAGAGUCUUCCAGUGACUGUGAAAUCUCCAAUUUUGCCUUCUGGGCAUCAUUUACAGAUUCCAGCCCAUGCUGAAGUGAAAUCUGUACCAGCAUCAUCAUUGCCUCCUUCAGUUCAACAAAAGAUACUUGCAACUGCAACCACAAGUACCACGGGAGCAAUGGAGGCCUCCCAAAUACCAACUGUUAUUUAUGUAUCGCCUGUCAAUACAGUGAAAAAUGUAGUUACAAAGACUUUUCAGAAUAUUUACCCAAAACCCGUUACAGAAAUAGCAAAGCCAGUGAUACUAAAUACCACACCAGUUCCAACGAAUGUUGCUACAGAGACGCAGUUAAAAGGUGGUCAGCAUUCUCAACCUGCUCCAGUGAAAUGGAUUUUUCAAGAAAAUCUACAGCCUUAUACUCCAGCUCUUACUCCUGUUAAAUCUUCAAAUAAUGUGGCUUCAAAGAUUCUAAAAACUUUUGUAGACAGGAAAAGUUUGAAUGAUACUAUAAAUAUGCCACCAUUGAGUACCUUCAGUCCUAGUGGGACACAAUCCAUAAGUAUGCCUAUUAAAGAUAAUGCUUUGGUUAUGUUUAAUGGGAAAGUCUAUCUAUUGGCUAAGAAGGGUACAGAUGUUCUGCCAUCACAGAUUGACCAACAGAAUUCUAUUUCUCCUGAUAUUCCACUAAGAAAAGACGUAUCACGGGUAGUGAGUUCAAGUCCAGUAACAGAAAUAUCCAGAGAGGUUUUAAAUAUUAUUCUGGCUAAAAGUAAAUCUUGCCAGAUGGAGACAAAAUCAUUUUCAAAUACCUACCUUGCUUCCUUGGCCAAUCUAAGGGCAGAGAAGAAUAAAAAUAUGGAGAAAUCAUCUCUCUCUACCACAGAGCCACAUAGUAUGAAUCAAUCCAAUAACUACCUAAAACAGAGUAAGACUUUAUUCACAAAGCCAGUCUUUCCAGAUGGACUUAGUACAGGACAAAAUGCCCCCAGAAAAGGAAAUACCAUCCAGUGCAUAGAGAAAAUAAGUUCCUCUGUUGAUGCAACAACUAUUACUUCACAACAGUGUGUUUUCAGAGACCAAGAACCAAAGAUCCAGAAUGAGAUGGCAUCGACAUUAGAAAAAGGUACUCAAGAAAGAAAUGAAAAGAAGGAUCCUCAAGGAAGAAGUAAGGCAUCUUAUCUGAAGAGUGAUGCUGAAUUUAAAAAGAUAUUUGGUCUCACCAAAGAUUUGAGAGUACGCCUUACUCGAAUUCCUGACCAUUUGGGUUCUGGAGAAAGUUUUGAUUCCUUUAGCAGUUUAGUGAAGAGUAGUACUUUGAAGGAGACAGAGCUUAUGGUGAAAGAAGAAAGAAAGCAGAGUUUUGAUAAGAAAAGGAAAGCGAAAACCCCUAAGAAGAUGGAUCGCACAAAGAGAAGAAAAACUAAGAAUGCUAGUACCACAGUUAUCAAUGGGGGAACCAGUGCCACCAGUUCCCAGUUCAGUAUUUUAUCAACUUCAGAUAUAUCACAGCAUAGCAUUGUCACAAGCCACAGCAAAACCAGAGAAGAAAAAAGAACUGAGACAGAGCACUGUACCCAUGAGAAGCAGGAGAAAGUUGCAUUGCAUUCCAAUGCAGUUUUUGAACAAGGUCAUUCCUUUAAUAAAAAUUAUACUGAAGAUAUUUUCCCAGCAACACCGCCAGAAUUAGAAGAAACCAUUCGAGAUGAAAAAAUAAGAAGACUUAAGCAGGUGCUGAGAGAGAAAGAAGCAGCUCUUGACGAAAUGCGUAAAAAGAUGCAACAAAAAUAAAAUGUCCUAUACUUAAAGACUUCAGUGAAAUAACUGUUUUUUUUUAAGAUGCUAUUGGCUGAAAUACAGUAGUCCCUCCAUAUUCACAGGGAAUAUGUUCCAAGACCCCCAGUGGAGGCCUGAAACUGUGGAUAGUAUUGAAUCCUAUAUACAACCACUGAGGUCCCAUCACAGUCAACCUGAUAGCUGAGAUGGCUGCUGUGUGACUCAUGGGUGGAAACUGUAUAUCGUGUUGAUAUGCUGGACUAGGGGAUGAUUUUUCAUCACACUAAGGAUAGCUUGCAAUUUAAAUUUAUGAACUGUUUGUUUUUAACUUUUUUGGACCAUGGUUAACCACGGGUAACAAACUGCAGAGAGUGAAACCACAGUUGAGGGGGGACUACUGUAAGUAACUUUUAGAUGCAUUCCAAAAGUGUCUUUGAAUAUGAAAUUUGUUUCUUCAUCAGAUUAUAACAUUGUAUUUAAGGAAUACAGAAAAGGGUGAUUCACAUAUGACUUGUGAAUAAUCUACAUGAGGUAUCUGAACCUUUGUCCUAGAUACCUUUUUUUGGAAGGAAAAGUUUUAUAUUUUUCUAUUAUUUUAACUUGAAUUUCCCAGGUUUAAAUAUUUGUGCAAGGUUUUUUGUUAUAUCUUUAGCUAAAUUGCUCAGGUGUUACUACAACAAUAAAUAAUUAGUGAAAUUCCACAACCCAAAAAAGAAAAUUGGUUCUAAACUUGACUUUCCUAAUGGGUUUGUAUAUGCACUUGCUUGAUCUCUUUACCCAUAAAAUGUUACCUUCUUCUUGC